AGGGUCUAUGAUGUUUCCCUAUAUUCAAUAAUAAGGGUCUAUGAUGUUUCCCUAUAUUCAAUAAUAAGGGUCUAUGAUGUUCCCCUAUAUUCAAUAAUAAGGGUCUAUGAUGUUCCCCUAUAUUCAAUAAUAAGGGUCUAUGAUGUUCCCCUAUAUUCAAUAACAAGGGCCUAUGAUGUUCCCCUAUAUUCAAUAACAAGGGCCUAUGAUGUUCCCCUAUAUUCAAUAACAAGGGCCUAUGAUGUUCCCCUAUAUUCAAUAAUAAGGGUCUAUGAUGUUCCCCUAUAUUCAAUAAUAAGGGUCUAUGAUGUUUCCCUAUAUUCAAUAAUAAGGGUCUAUGAUGUUUCCCUAUAUUCAAUAAUAAGGUAUUAUGGCGUAUGA